GAUUGAAUGUUGGGUUUUAUUUCACUUUGUUUACAGAAGAUUUUCAGCUGAAUGAAGAAGUUCAGUUCAAUUUGAUUUUAUUUAUGUAGCAUCAAAUCACAACAACAGUUGCCUCAAAGUGUUUUAUAUUAUGAGAUAAAGACCCUACACCAGAACACAGAAAGUUCCAUAAUAAGAUGACCCCUAUGAGCAAGUGCAUUGGUGACAGUGGAAAGGAAAAACUCCCUUUUAACAAGAAGAAAUCUCCAGCAAACCAAGCUCAGAGAGGGGCAGCCUUCUGCAGAGACCUGUUGGGCCGAUCACCGCUGAGCAGCAGAGGAACCUUUUCAGCCGCUUGGACUCAGCUCAGUCACGAUGGAUUCAACACAAAAGGACCAACAUGGAGAGAGAAGUCAGUGCUCUCAGGAGGCCGACAAACCUCACAGAAGAAAGGCAGAGGAAACAUACAGCUGUGACGAGUGUGGGAAGGAUUUUAUUGGGCAGUCCAACCUGAAAUGUCAUCAACUCAUCCACACUGAAGAGAGACAAUUUAGCUGUGACUUGUGUGAAAAAUCUUUUACUAAGCCUGAACACUUAAAAACACACCAACUCAUACACUGCAACGUUAAAGCGCUCAGCUGCGAUCAGUGCGGCAGAGUUUUCACUCAGUGUAGCAGCUCACCGAUGUAUCAAGUUACCCACCCUGGAAUUAAGGUGGAGGACUGUGACAUGUGUGGAAAAACUUUCAGCCAGUUAGGAUACCAAAAUAUACAACUACCCAUUCACACUCUACAUGGUGAUUACUACUGUGAUCAAUGUGGCAAAAAGUGCGCAACAGACACAGAAUUGCACCACCACGUGUUUACACACACUAUGGAGAGACCUUAUAAAUGUGACCUGUGUAAUAAGGCUUUUACAACUCUACGGCUCCUGAAAAAACACCAACAGAUCCACAGUAGAAAGAAACUCUACAAGUGCAGUUACUGUGAGAAGCAGAGCGACACAGAUGGAUCCACUUCUCAACCCUGUCAUCGCUGUGGUGGUGGGAAAGCGUUUCGUUGUGACCUUUGUGGAAAAACUUUCAAUCAGCAGCGGUGCCUAAAAUUACAUCAGCGUAGACACACUGGAGAUAAAAUGAACUACUGCAAAGAAUGUGGGAAAGGCUUCCCCACACCGAGUGAAUUAAAAAUACAUGAACUCUGUCACAGUGGGGUUAAAAAGCACGUCUGUGACCAAUGUGGGUCAUCCUUCACCACUGCAUGUGACCUUAAAAAGCAUAAACGAGUCCACACAGGAGAGAAACCAUACACGUGCAGACACUGUGACAAGAGCUUUUCACAAUCAAGUUGUCGUAACCUUCAUGAGAGUACACACGUUAAAGGGAACUUUAGCUGUGACCAGUGUGACAAAAGCUUCAUGAAUCUCAGUUCAUACUCCAAACACAAGCGAUCCCACGCUGUUAAUAAACUGUUUCACUGUUACCAAUGUGCAAAAACAUUCACUUCAUUAUCAGCUCUGCACAACCAUCGGCGUGAUCAUGCAGGACUGUGAUCACUGUCAUCACUGGAUCACAAUGAAUCUGAAGAGACAGAAAGAUCCUCUUCUGGUUUUAGGGUCAGACUUAAAAACCUUGAGAUCAGGCUCCACAGAGUUCAGAUGGAGUCUCCUGUAAAGAGUGUCAGCUGAUGUCACACUUGGAUCUGAUGAGGUAGCUCUGAUUUGUGGAGCUGCAGUGAAUAAACCUGGAUGUUACAUUUAUGAAGCUGCAAGUAAAGAUAUGCACAUCAAGUUUUUUUUUCCUUUGAGGGAUUUUAAUAUUCUAAAAUGUUAUCCCUGUUACAUUUUAAUCUUUGUUCUCUUAGGAUAUAGUAGUGUUGUACUUUUUACUGUAUUAUUGAAGUUAUAGGAAUAUAUUUUAUUUUAUACUACCAAACUGAUAUUGUUUCAAAACCGCAGAUGUGCAUAGAAACAUUAUUUUUUUACAUUUCAUUUUAACUUCUUGCUUUUUUCCCAAAUCUAACUUGUUUUCUGAAGCAACAACAACUGCUGUGACUUUGUGUCCAGAAAAAAGAAACUCAAGCUAAAUUGGUGUUGGGCUGUACUUCCAUGUAAUACCAGUUUGUACCAGAAGGAGGAGCAGUGAGUCAGUGUAACCAUUAUUUAAUCAGUCAAAGAACACAUUCUUAUAGGGCUUUGGAGUUGACGUAACGCUGCAAUGGAUUGUGGGAGCGUGGCGCCAUUUGAGAAGGCCACGAAUCAAAACAAACGCACUGUGUUGGAAGGACGACUGCCAGAACCAUGCUUAAAAUCAGCUCAAAAGUCAAAGGGCUGUAUCGAGAGCGAUUGAGCCCGGAUGCCAAGAGACGGUACUUGGAAACGAUAGCAUGCAUUGGUAAUGUGGACCCAUAUGAAAUACGGCAGUGGAGUAGAAACCCUGAAGACCUACCGCCAUUGUCCUACCCUAAUACCUUGUCUGUGGAGUCAAUGCAUACAUGGCGAAUCAUUUUCGGAAUUAUAAAUCCCUGGAGGCGCACAUCUAAUUCACAAACGGUUGGGUACAAGAUUUGGCCGUUUUUAAGCCUCCACGUUGUGAGUAGGUUGACCAUAUGACCAAGAUACAGCCAGAGGUCGCACAUCACAUUGACUUCUCCUCAGCAGCUGCCCCAAAAAUUGCUCUAGAUGAGAACAUAAACACACCGUCUGCAGUGAAAGGCAAAAGGAGCCGUCCGCAAAAAAGGCAAAUUUCACUUGCUAGUCUGGAGGAGUUGUCACCGAUAAGCUACUCUAUAAACAGAACAUAGUUCUGCUGGAUCACACGUUAGGAUGUUUGAGCCUAUAAAGAGCAAUAUGAAUUUCUUUAGAACAUACUGAAAUGAAAAUGUCGGGAGCACACCAACAAAAAAUAAUGGCAGAGAACUCGAUAUCAGCUCGUCUCACCGCUGCUAUCCAAGCCUGACGUCUUUGUUUGGUAACAUACGUGAGAUCCCUCGCGUUGCUUCCAGCAGGGGAAACGAUAAAAAGAGCCCAUUUUUCAGCUUAUUCCCUUCCCGAUCGUGCGAUCUAACAUUGCAACCGACAACACAGCAAGUGCGAGCCAUAGCUGAUGUUUCCAUAUGCUGUUGCUCCUGUAGCCGUUUGUUUGGCCUACUAAUAUGGCGGCUCGACCCCAAAUCGUGA